AUGGACUUUACUACUUUUUCCAACAUCAUCGCUGGUAGCCCUCGUGGUUCAGAUAUUACCACGUCGGGUACAAACCCCCUCAAUCAAGCUCCUCUUUGGCCUGCCCCCGUAGCUACAGCAAACGACGUUGAAGAUGCCGUGCACGCUGCCAAGGAGGCAUUCCCUUCGUGGUCUCAGAUGUCUUACAAGCAGCGAACAGAGCUGUUGGAUCGCUUUGCCGACCUCUAUCUUUCUCAUGCCAGCGACUUCUGUCAAUUACUUACUAAAGAGUGCGGAAGAUCUAAGUCUACUUUGCUGCACAAUGGCUACGAUAUCCAUGUUUGUCCCAAGGUUAUUCACCUCGAUAGUCUUGUUGUUCUGACCAGAAUAGCGAAAUAUGAACUUCCUGAAGAAAAGAUUGAAGACGAUGAGAAGACAGUCAUCGUUACCCAUGAGCCUCUUGGAGUGGUCGCCGCUAUUUGCCCUUGGAACUCAAUCGGGAAAAUUGCACCUGCUCUAGCCACGGGAAACUGCGUUAUUCUCAAACCCUCACCGUUCACUCCAUAUUCGUCUCUCAAGUUGGUAGAGCUUGCCCAGCAAGUGUUUCCUCCGUCAGUUCUGCAGGUUCUCCAUGGCAACAAUGACUUGGGUCCUCGCCUUGUCAAACACUCUGAUAUUCAGAAAAUCUCUUUUACUGGCUCUACAGCUACAGGAAAGCAGAUUCUCAAAGAUGGAGCUGACACUAUGAAAUGUAUCACUCUGGAAACUGCUGGCAACAACGCUUCCAUUGUCCUCCCCGACGUUGAUCUCAGGGCCAUCAUCCCCCAGAUCGCAGGAGGGCUAUGGUUCAACGCCGGACAAGUCUGUGCUGCCACACGUCGCCUGUACAUCCACCAAGACAUCUUUGACGAGGCGGUGGCUCAGCUCCAAGAGGCCACAGCAGAGACAUCCAAAGACCUUGUCUCAGGUGUCGGUCCAAUCCAGAACCAGGCGCAGUAUGAGAAGCUCAAGCAGGCACUGGUAGAUGCAAGACAGGCUGGCUACACACUCAUCUCACCGGGUCGGAGGGAACCGGAGGAAGGAUUCUUUGUCCAGCCGACCAUCGUCGUGAGCCCGCCGCAGGAGGCUGACAUCGUUCAACAUGAGAACUUUGGUCCUAUUGUUUCGUGCAUCAAGUUCUCAUCCGUCGACGAAGCCGUAUCCAUGGCCAAUAGCAGCAACAGUGGUCUAGCUGCUAGCGUGUGGAGCAGCGACAUUUCAACCGCAAGGCAGGUGGCGUCUUCUCUCGAGGCCGGCAAUGUCUACAUCAACGGACCGCCUCGCCCUGAUCCUCAUGUGCCGUUUGGGGGUCAUAAGCAGAGUGGGCUGGGCGUCGAGUAUGGACUGCAGGGUUUGUUGUCCUACUGCCAGACAAAGUCCACGUACCUGUACAAGUAG